AUGAUGGGGAUUGCACGGUCUGCUCCCGCACUUCGCGCUGCCUCCUUUUCCAGAUGCGCUCGUCGGAUCCGGGUCCCGACUCCGGCCUCGGUUCCGGUGUUUGCGGCCGGCAUCCGGACGUCCUCGCCGUUCUCUACGGUUCCACUAGCAUACGACCUGCAUGAGCCGGCAAAGCCUGCGGCAGAUAAGCAGACCUCGCCCAUCAUCGUUAUGCACGGACUGUUUGGGUCCAAGAAGAACAACCGGACGAUAAGUAAAGUGCUAGCACGCGACCUGGGCCGCCAUGUCUACGCUGUGGAUCUCCGCAACCAUGGCGACUCACCCCACGAUCAUCGGCACGAUUAUGGUGCCAUGGCCGCCGAUGUGGCCGACUUCAUCCGGCACCAUGGGCUGAAGGAGCCCACACUGCUUGGGCACUCGAUGGGUGCCAAAACAGCCAUGACCCUGGCCCUCCACGAGCCAGACAUGAUUGCCAACAUCAUUGCGGUAGACAACGCGCCCGUGGACGCCCGCCUUGGCUCCGACUUCGCGCGGUACAUCCAGGGCAUGAAGAAGAUCGACGAGGCGAACAUCAGCCGCCAGGCCGAGGCUGACAAGAUCCUCGAACAGUACGAGAAGUCCCUCCCAAUCCGCCAAUUCCUCCUCGGCAACCUGCACCGUUCCUCCCCAGACAGCACGGCGCAAAAGUUCCGCGUGCCACUCCACAUCCUCGGCAAGGCGCUCGACCACAUGGGCGACUUCCCGUUCAAGAACCCGGGCGAGGUGCGCUUCGUGAAGCCGGCGCUCUUCGUCCGCGGCACCAAGAGCACCUACGUGCCCGACGAGGUCGUUCCCCUGAUCGGCCAGUUCUUCCCCAUGUUUGAGCUGGUCGACAUCGACGCUGGCCAUUGGGUCAUCUCGGAGAAGCCGGAGGAGUUCAGGCAGGCUGUGGUUCGGUUCUUGGAGCCCAAGGAAUGA